AAGGGAAAGAAAAGAGGGAAGAAGGAGACUCAUUACUCAUUAAGUGGUAAACUUAAGUUCUUCUCAGCAACUCGUUCUGCUACACAGACUCUCUCUCUCUCUCUCUCUCUCUCCCUCCCUCUCUCUCACACACACACCACAUACCGCACACACACAUACUCAAAAACACAAAGCAGAAGUGGACAAAGACACACGGUUUCAGUCGCCACGGUUGGCUAUGGCUCAGGGCUCUGACAGCAAUGACACAAGUUACAAGUCCCCGUCACCUGGAAGCAGGCCGAGCUCCUCAGAUGAUGUGAAGAAAGUGAUGCGGAGAGAGAAGAACAGGAUUGCUGCUCAGAAGAGCAGGAUGAGGCAAACCCAGAAAGCUGACAGCCUACACUUGGAGAGUGAGAACCUGGAGAAGGAGAACGCGGCCCUGAGGAAGGAGGUGAAGCAGCUGACGGAGGAGGCCAAGUACCUGUCGUCCGUGCUGAGCAGCCACGAACCUCUGUGCACCGGCCUGGCUCCCCAGACCCCUGACCUCCUCUACCCUCCUCAUCACAGCAGCUACCACCACCAGCACAUCGCUGUACCACACUACCAGCACUGACCUGACUUGACUAAUGGGACGGCCGAAGACGAGCCGCGAAAACAGAUGACUGACCUCAACGGAGAGAGACUUACUGGAGAUGUGUCUAUAAAUGUUAACCAUUGUUCAAAACUGAUCCAGGAGGAGCAUGACAGGCUGAUGUGUCUCCCAAACAGUGACAGUACGGAGCUCAAACUGUAACGAGCAGUAUUCAAAACUAUUUAUUUUUUGCUUCUCCUCAUCUCUUUGCUUUUAUCUGAUUGAUAUCAGUGAUCUGUGUGUGAACUCGAUGGCUAGAAGUAUCCACCAGUCUAUGUUUACAUUGGGUGAAAUAACCGACUUACUGUAUGUUCAGGUGACUCAGUUGAUUUUCUUUUUUUUUUUUUUUUGUAAAUUGCUUAUUUUCGGUGUCAUGGAGACGACCUUUGUCACCCUGUCAUGUUUAGAGUUUCUUGUGUUAUUGUGUGUUUCAGCGUAUAAAUGUGGAUAGACAUUGCUCAGGAGCUUUUUUGUUUUGACAGAUUUGAUUGUGGACAAGCAGAAUGUAAACAUCGAUAUCCUAAAUGGGCUCAGAUGUACCAAAAAAAAAAAAGAAAAAAAAGAAAAAGAAAAAGAACAAGAAAAGAAAUGACUGGCUGUGAAGAAUGGGUAUCCAAAAGGUCUUGUGUACUUGCUUUUUUCAGUGAGGAGACCCAGCAGAGAUAUUUAUUAAAUGUGAUGCCUUUAUGGGUGAUCUUUUCUGACCUUCAGAGGCUUGUUGGUCAUGCCUUUUAUGCAGGGUUUUUUCUUUGUCAGGACAGCAGGAUGUGUGAGGUCUGCACUGAUGCUGAUAACAGGGGACAUGUGACAAACCACCUAGGUGUUUUUCUUCUCUGCUGAGAGAGUCUCUAGAUGGCACUGUUUACUUGUAUGAAAGACAAAGUUACAGUAGCUUAUGUUAUAAAGCACAAAAAUAAUCAUCCAUGGCGUGUUCUAUGUGGGUAUGAAUUAUUAUUAUUUUGUUCUUCAACACAGCUGAGGCUUUUUGUGUCCUUUUCAUUUCACUGAUUCCACAAUGACUGGUCCAAAUAAAAGACCUGUUUACAAUGUUUGCAAUGUUUUCAACUAGGAGGUGAAGUUGUAAUAAAGUGGUUACAAAGGG